CGGACCUUGCGGCGCUGGAACUGGCUCGACUCUCCCAGGCAGUUUUUGAAGUCAGCAAAACAGAAAUCGAAUUACUAUGAUGCUGGUGGACGCUCGGGGAGAAGGGGCUUUCUGCUGGCUUCAUCACCAUGAGAGAUGCAGCGAGUCACAGAACCACCAAGUGUGUCUAUCGUGUGGACCCUGAAGACCUAUGAUCACAUUUAUCUCCCUGAUUGCUCAAAACUCAGCAACCUCUCCAUCAAAAGUUCAUUCUGCUUUUUUGCCCUUGCUUUGGAGAAAACAAUGAAAUCAGACACAGGAUUCUACUGAAACUGUGAAGGAAGGAAACAGAAGCCACCACAGUUCUAUUACCUACUAUUGUAAUAAUGGGAGAAAAAAAGCCAACCAAAGGAGCCCAGCACGCAUGCCAGCCUCCGUGUGACAGAGCAUGGGGACAAAAAGCUGAAUGGUGAGCGGAGCCUGUAACUCGUUAGUUUUUCUACACUUCAUCUGCUACAGGUUCCGGCUUAGAAAUGGAUAUUCUCUGUGAAGAAAACACUUCUUUGAGCUCAACUACAAACUCCUUAAUGCAAUUAAAUGAUGACACAAGGCUCUACAAUAAUGACUUUAACUCUGGAGAUGCUAACACGUCAGAUGCAUUUAACUGGACAGUGGACUCGGAAAAUCGAACCAACCUUUCCUGUGAGGGCUGUCUGUCGCCACCCUGCUUCUCCUUACUUCAUCUCCAGGAAAAGAACUGGUCUGCUCUGUUGACAACUGUAGUGAUUAUUUUAACUAUUGCCGGAAACAUACUCGUCAUCAUGGCAGUGUCCCUAGAGAAAAAGCUGCAGAAUGCCACCAACUAUUUCCUGAUGUCACUUGCCAUAGCUGAUAUGCUGCUGGGUUUCCUUGUCAUGCCUGUGUCCAUGUUAACCAUCCUCUAUGGGUACCGGUGGCCUCUGCCUAGCAAGCUCUGUGCUGUCUGGAUUUACCUGGAUGUGCUGUUCUCCACGGCCUCCAUCAUGCACCUCUGCGCCAUCUCCCUGGACCGCUAUGUUGCCAUCCAGAACCCCAUCCAUCACAGCCGAUUCAACUCCAGAACUAAGGCAUUUCUGAAAAUAAUUGCUGUUUGGACUAUAUCAGUAGGUAUAUCCAUGCCAAUACCAGUCUUUGGGCUUCAGGAUGAUUCCAAGGUCUUUAAGGAAGGGAGCUGCUUACUCGCUGAUGAUAACUUUGUCCUGAUUGGCUCUUUCGUGUCCUUUUUCAUUCCCUUAACCAUCAUGGUGAUCACCUACUUUCUAACCAUCAAGUCACUCCAGAAAGAAGCUACUCUGUGUGUGAGUGAUCUUGGAACACGGGCCAAAUUAGCUUCUUUCAGUUUCCUGCCUCAGAGUUCCCUGUCUUCAGAAAAGCUCUUCCAGCGUUCCAUCCACAGGGAGCCAGGCUCCUAUGGCAGGAGGACUAUGCAGUCCAUCAGCAACGAGCAGAAGGCUUGCAAGGUGCUGGGCAUCGUCUUCUUUCUCUUCGUGGUGAUGUGGUGCCCCUUCUUCAUCACCAACAUAAUGGCCGUCAUCUGCAAAGAGUCCUGCAACGAGGAUGUGAUCGGAGCCCUGCUCAAUGUGUUCGUUUGGAUCGGUUACCUCUCCUCAGCAGUCAACCCGCUAGUGUAUACACUGUUCAAUAAGACCUAUAGGUCUGCUUUUUACAGGUAUAUUCAGUGUCAGUAUAAGGAAAAUAAAAAACCAUUGCAGUUAAUUUUAGUGAACACUAUCCCAGCCUUGGCCUACAAGUCUAGUCAACUCCAAAGUGGACAAAAAAAGAAUUCAAAGAAAGAUGACAAGACGACAGAUAACGACUGCACUAUGGUUGCUCUAGGAAAACAACGUAAAGAAGAUGCUCCUACAGACAAUGUCAACACAGUGAAUGAAAAGGUUAGCUGUGUGUGAUGGACUGGUUGCCAUGGCAACCAUGGAGGGCACACUGAGCAAUUUUCCCCCUAUCUGGGAGGGGGAAAAAAAAGAAAUAAGAAAAGAGAAGAGAAAAUAGGGAGAUUGGAGAAAAUUAGGCCAGUCUGGUGGAACCAACAAUAUCUGUAUGCCUCAUUUUAUUCUGUCAGUGAAAAGCAGGGUUCGAUGCCACAAAACGUGCACUUCAAAACUAUUCUGACAGCAUUUCAAGCUGUGAGCUUUAUGAUGUUAUUUUUAACAUUGUAAAUUAUGUCUUUAAAGUAAUUAGCUUUUAUUGUGUAAUUACAAUGAGGCCAUAAAUAAAUCUAAAUUAUCUUCUAUUUUCAA